AGCUAGGCGCCUGCAGCCACGCAGCGCCUUCCGCUAAUCUGCGCGGCCACCCUCUGCUUGCUGGCUCUGCACAGCUGGGCGCCCGCCCCAGCUGUUUCCUCACCUCUGCAGGCCAGCGGCCGGCCCCGGCCUCCGGAGAGCCGCGGCAGUUCUACUCAGCACAGCUGCAUGCCCGCCGCAGUUUCCGCACAUCUGGAUUCGCUGGAAUCUUGGGCCUUCCAUGCGCUGUUGGUGCUACCCUAUAUGUUUUACGUGGGCUUGUUCUUCGUCAAUGUGCUGAUUCUUUACUAUGCCUUUCUGAUGGAGUAUAUCGUCCUCAAUGUAGGGAUCGUGUUCCUGCCCGAAGAUAUGGACCAGGCUCUGGUGGAUUUGGGGGUGCUGUCAGACCCUGGCUCGGUGCUCUAUGACACGGACAGUGAGCUGGAUGUGUUUGAUGGGUAUUUGGAAUAACAAGCAAAAAGCGUGCAGAAAGUGACUAGGGAAUAACCCCACCCCCCUUCGCAAGAAUUGGAGGGUUUGUGUUGCACUUGGUGGCCAUGGCUAAGGGAUCACCAGAGCUCUGUGCUGUCCUUGCAUCUGAUUUCCCUCAGCGCUGCAUCCUAUGUUCAAAAUGGCCCCACCGGUGCAAGUGUCAGUGGGGGCUACUACUGCCUCUCGUUGAGGUGCCCAGGAUCUGCUGCUGCUCAUGGGAUGGGAACUGGAGGCUGUGGCGGAGGCCCUGGUGGGAAGCAGGGGACAGACAGAGAGGGCACUGCCGGGCUUCAAAGCGCUGUUUGUUGCACACUUGAAAAUGUGCCAGGACUGGAAUUGUGGAACAAGAAACCGUGGCCUUGAAUGUUCAAAAAUAAAAGGAAUGUACAGGAGACGAAAUGGACGAGACAAUGUGAAGCGGCAGCAUCAGAAUGUUUCAGCUGUGACUUUUCCCCAGGAUUGUUGGAUCAGGGUGUUACACUAACUGCAGUGAUUCGUAUGCAGCACCAGGCCUCCUUAGGACAUGGCCUUCAUGGACAUUUUAAAAAGUGGUCUCUCCAUACUUUAAACAGAGCUUUUACUCAGAUUUGAUAAACUUUUGAAUAAACAUGUUACCCAAAUGGGCAAACCCCAUAUUACUGUUUAUGAAGUUCAAAGCAGAUCACACGUUGAAAACUUUCCUGGCUGUUAGUUCAGCAGGUCAGUUCUGCUGUUGGGAUAGAGCCUAAAAUCACUGCAAGUUAAAUUCGGUUCAGAGCAGUAUUACAGAAAGGGAUUGUUUUGUAAGGUGUGGGUAUUUUUUUUUGUUUUUGUUUUUAAUUUUGUAAGUCUUGUAUUAGGGCAGCAAGAGAGAAUCCAGUAUAAAUCUGGAGGAUUAAUUAUCUAACAGGAUAGUGUGCACAUUGUUUAAAUUCAAGUUCUUAUGUACACAAUGUAAAAGCAAUACAUUGAAGACUGACCUCUUUCAAUUAAAAAGUAUGCAUAUCA